GGUGAAAAAAAAAAGACUGGAGGGAUUUGAGAUCGACAGCAACUCUAAAGACAAGUUCAUGCUGCCAGGUUCGAGACAAGAAUAUCCAACUUCUGCCAACAUAACUUGAUUUCCUGUUGGAUAAAGGGGAGGGGAGUAAUCCUAGAAACAACAGAACCAGUUACAGGAAUGGACUGCCAUUUUUCUAUCUGGGGAGCUUUGGCCUUCCUGAGUUUGGCUCUGCUUGUUUCACUGACACUGAAUAUUGUACACUAUAUCAAAAAGAAGCAAGCUAAAAUGCAUAAAGACUAUGAAGAGAGCAAUCCAAGCUAUGAUGGCUAUCACACAGAAGAUGAUCCAGUUUAUGGCAAUCUCAAUCAAGAUAUUUUAGAAGAAUGUUGUUACGAGCAGAUGAAGUCCCAGCCUCAAAGACCAGUUAACCAGCUACAGGUGGAGUCUGCCAAUCAGAUGUGCUAUGCCUCACUUGAUCACAGUGUCAAGAGAAAAUGCAGAAAACCAAGGAGAAAGAAAGAUCCUUCAUUAGAGGAAGAUGAAGAAGAAAGAUCAUCUAACCCCAUGGUGGCUUCCAAAGUUAGCAUUUACCUCAAUAGUGAGCAGCUGGCUGCUGAAAACACAGCAAAAGUAGAGGCCAUUCAUGAUGAUCCCAUCAGAUUAAUGGGCUUGAUUCAUAAUGCAAAAGGGGAGAACCGAAUAGGUAACGAGCCAAAUAUGUAACCACAAAGUGAGAUUUGCUUUUUCAUUCUGGAGGAACAAUGAAUGACCAGAGAAAGCACCCUGGAAAGCUGACAUGCUAAACAGUGGUAUGAAAUGGGUAAGUUAAGUGUCCCAAACUGGCUACCAAGCAUAUUUAUAGACUAAGCAAGACAGGUCCAGACUGCCACUCAGAUGGAUCUGCUCUUCUGAAGACAAUUUGAAAGAGUUGCAGAAGUUGCAGGUAGCUCAGCAGUUACAUGGUAGUGAUUCCAGUCAGAAUUGAUCCUGUUUUAAACAAUCAUCAGCUUUCAAGCAGUCCUAAAAGACCCCCUUGUUGUCUAUACAGCUCUAGCAGAGUACAGCUAUUCCAUAUUAACUUUAAUACUUUGAAAUGAAAUUGUUUCAUGCUUGCACACUUGGUGAUUAGUUGUUUUACUAAUUAAGAACUGAGCUGCUGUUCCACACUGUGAACUUUCUGACUGUGACUGGUCUAUGGCAAUGACUGGAGAAUAAUUUAACAGCUGAUUUAAGGUAGUAAUUGUACAUUUCACAGGACUUAGCAGGAUUUUUGUGUAUCUUUAGUUUCUUCUAACAAUACUGGAAUGCAUAUCAAAUCUCAACUCCUCUACUGUUGUAUACAGCUGUAUUAAAGGGUCCACAAAGAUAUUAUCACACCAUCUGUAACAAUAAAUCUAGGAAGGAUUUCUUCCUUCUAAUACUCCA